UGAAAAGGAUUUGUUUGUCCAAGUUCUGUUUCCAGAGCUGCGGUGGUCACCCGGCUGGAGUGCAUCACUCCUGAGUUGCUCUGUCCCCAGCAGUGGUUGGAGGAGGCUCAGCCCAUCCGUCGGGUGCAGAGGGGCUUGUGGGAGGGGUUGGUUGAUUUGGGAUUUAGGCACUGAUUUAGGAUUUUUUUGUUUGGGGAUGACUGGUCAGAUAGGUGAGAACAGAUUCAAAGCGAGUUAGCGAAUGCGUUCGGCCAGCAUCUGCUUUCACCCCGACUUCCUGAAGCUCUGGCUGAGGGCGGGCUUCUCAGACCACAUUCGGGGCCGCAGCUGCUUGCCAGCUUCAUUCCGGCCGAAAUUGUAAAGGGGGAAACGGACAUAGCAGGCGGGAGGACCCCGCCAUCCAAGACCUGUCACCGGCAGGAGGCUCAGGAGGAUGGCGGCGAUGGUGGCAGGGAGCGGCGUCCCUCUGCGCUCCAGGCUGGGGCCGCGAACCUCACGCUGGGGCCGGGCAGCCACCUGCCCGGACCUCGGUCCCUGCGGCCCUGGCCCCUGUUGCACCCGGGGCUCAACCACAGAUGUCCAGCCACAAUUCUCGGUUGGCCGCAGACUCGUACAAGAAUUGCGUUUGGACAAUCAGUGGCGAAGCUCCUGAGUUCAGGGCCCUGGGCUCCUGCAGCUGCGCUUUGCUCUUGAAACGCGCUGGACCCGGAGAUCUGCGGAGCUGCGCGUCGGAAUACCUCGCCGGUGCCAGCGGCUGUGGCCCACCCACCCCGCGGUAAGGUGGACGGACCGGCAGGCACACGGAUCCCGUCCCAACGCGGGGAUCCCCAUCAUCCCCGGCGUGUUGCCUUUGAUCGCGGCCCGGGGUCCCUAGAGUGGCCCGCAUUAGAUCUCCGCGCUGCCCCAGCUUGGGGGAAUUUACUCAGUCAGGCCUGGGGAACCCCGACUUCAACUCUCCCCGCCCCCAGCUAGGGUUUGCUGGGAGUCCAGAUAGCUGGGGCCCGAGACCUGGGCGCGUUUCAAGCCCGGGGUCCGGACUGCUGGCUGCUGGACUCUCGGGUCUCCCGCCCCCGCCCAGCCCCGCGCACGCACCGACUCGGCGCUGUCCGCUUCCCUGUGGUUGAGUCGCCGGCGGUGGCCCCGGCGGCGGGGAGCGCUGGAAUGCGCCGCCGGGUCACCUGCAGCGCCCGGGGAGCCGGACUGGGAGCCGGCGUGCUGGCGAGGCGCAGGGCUGAACCCGAGCGGGCGCCUCUGGCGGCUCGGGGCCGGGGCGGGCUUUUAGUGGGCCGCUCCAACAAUACGGGCCUGGCGCGGAGAAAGGGGCUCGGCUGCAAUUGGUACUGGAUUUGAAUAACGCCACGGGGCCAUCAAUGGUCAUUGUGUCGGCGGGUAAUGAAUCUCUGCUGUCUCUCGGGCUGGCCAGGCAGCUGCAACCUGCGCUCAGGCAGCUCUUAAAGACAUAGUGUGCCCCUCCCUGGGGGCCGCCCCCUCCCCCCCCCCCCCGCACCGGCCGGACCCCUCACCCUCCACUCCCAUUCGGUGCCCUCCAGUCCUGGCGCCCCGCCUGCUCUCUCAGCCUGACCCCUUCGCCCAUUCCCCCUCCCUCCUUGGCCAGGCACCCACAUCUCAGCCCUGCACUUGGUGGCCCUGACACAGGGCCCUGGCCUUGGCUGAGCUCCCCAAGAAUGCCCAAGGGUCCCCAGAGGCUUUACAUCAGCUACUUCUAAGCUUAUGGCGUCUGGAAUCCUUCCUGAAGCUCCUACUGUAGCAAGGGAGGGUGAGGGGAGCAGUCCGGAGGGCAGAGGGUCACCCCCUUAGAAGCCUGCUUUUUAAGGGGUAAAGGGAGGAGGGGUGUAGUCCCAACCCCAAAACCAAAGAGGCAGUCUCCAAAAAACUGCACCUCCACUGGGAAUCUGGAGGCUGCACCCUCCCCUACGAAGGACAAGGGCUUGAUUCCCAGGCCCCUGCAGGCUCCCAGAGACCCUGGCUCUAGCAGCAGAGGUGGGGAGCAGGUGGGUAUGAGGGGCGAGGAAUUCGGUAAGGCUGUCUCUUCCUUGCCCCUGGCAUGGUACAGCCCACUGUCCAGGAACACAGGACCCCACCCUGCGCACCCCACCCCCACCCAGCCACAUCAGGCCCAGAGAAGGAUCUCAGAAGGUCCCAGAUUCUCAGCUUGUCAUCCUCCAGGAGGGGUGUGUGUGGCUGUUCUACAUCUGCCAUUGACAUACCGCAGGGAUCCCCCAUGCACCCCUGCCUCUGCCCUUGCAUACCGUGGAGUGCACUUCUGUCCUCCCAAUCCCUGGGCAGCCCAGCCACGUGCCUGAAUGAAUUGUGAUUACCAGUUUGUUUGAUUCUUCUCACUGGGACAGGAAGUGGGUCCUCCCCAUCUGUGUGCCUCCAGAGCUCAGUGAGGCACUCCCGCAGACCAUCAUUACAGGUCUCUGGGUGUUUACUUGCUUACCCCAUGACUUGAAAAUGAACCACGCAGACUUCUUGGAGUUUCUUAAACAGCUAACAAAAUACAGCUUCUGACCCUUAAAGAGAAGGAGCCCAGGUAACCAAUUUCUGGGAAUCCAACACUCCACUUGUUAACAAUAAGAGUAUCUUAUGUGCCACAGGCUAAUUUUAAAGAUAGUAGCUUAGCCUGGGAUACCUGUCAUCCUAGAACUCUGGAAGGCUGAGACAGGAAAAUUGCAAAUGAGAGCCCAGACUUGGCAAUUUACCGACUUACCAACAACAUGGUGUCAAAAUUAAAAAAAAAAAAAAAAAAAAAAAAAAAGCCUCGUUAUCACUCAGUGUGACCAACACUCAAAGAAAAGGUAGUGAUUAGCGAGACACUGUGACUUGCUAUCCAGACUGCAAAGACAUGAAUGAAGAUGGUUGAGCCCGGAGUUUGAGGAUAGUGAGACCCUGUCUCAGAAAAUAAGUAAACAAAAUAAAGAUAGUUGUCACUCACUGACUGCUCACAACUUUGAGAAGUAGACACUAUUAUCAGCCCAUUUUAUAGAUGAAGAAGCUGAGGUUAGUGGGAAGCCCCCCACUGGCAGGCGAUAAGCCAGAGUUGGGGCUUUAAACUCACCACACACUGUGGCUUUCCAUGCUGUCCUUAGGAGACACAGCAGAGGCAGACACAAAAUGGUGAGUCUCAUGGGUUACUGUGGCAUACCCCUCUAAUCUCAGCACUUGGGAGGCUGAGGGGGGAGAAUGGCUGCCUACCUUACAUAGUUCAAGACCCUGUGUCAAACAAAACAAAACAAAACAAAACAAAAACAGUGGAUCCCAAGAGACAACUUGUGUCCUAAUAAAUAAUAAUCGACUCCCAGCCACAGCCUGGCCUGUGUGAACAGGGUUGAGAUAAAGCAGGAAAGGGCUGCCUCUGUGGGAGCAGGGUGCCAGGCAGGUCCAGCCUCAUCCCCAUCUCUGGUGGAGGGCUUUUCUCCCUGUGGUGCAGGGCGUUACCUCAGUUUCGCUUGGUUGUUUGGUUGAGGGAAUCAGCCCCAGGACCUCAAGUAUACUAGGCAAGUGCAGUACCCCCAGCUGCACGCCUAGUCCAAUGUCAUCGCUAUUUAAAGCCCAGUGGAACCCGGCACAGUGGCACACACCUGCAAUCCCAGCUGUCCAGGAGGCCAAGGCAGUAGGAGUGAAGCUCAAGUUCAGCCUGGGCAAUUAAUUUAGGGAGACCCUAUAAACCUAGCAGGAUAGUGCAUACCUACCAUCCCAGCACUCUGGGAACCUGAGACGGAAGGAUUGCAAGUUCAAACCCCGCCUGCCCAGUGAAGGAAUUUAACUUAAUGAGACUCCAUCAUUCAUUCAUUCAUUCAUUUUUAUUUCUUUAUUUUUUGUACCGGGAUCAAACUUGCAACCUUGCGCUUGCCAGGCAGGCAUUUAUGCCACUGAGCUAAAUCCCUGGCUCUCCUCAUCCCAAAGCUUUAAAAAGAUGGGGUAAUUCAAUGGAAAGGCUCUGGCCUUGCAUGCACGAGCCCCUGGGUCCAAUCCCCUGUACCAGGGUAAAAGAGAAAAAGCCUAUCAGUUCUGGGGCAGAGAACAGCAGGGUGCCCUCACCCUCAGGCGAUGAUGAGGAAGCAAAGAGGUCCUACCUCUAGUCAAGGAGCAUUUAUGGGGUACCCACUGUGUGCUAGUCAGGAGCUCAGUGCAGACGGAUGUGCGCCAGAGGAGGUGGAUCACGGAGGACCGGUGCCCCAGAGACGAGGGUGGUGAGGUGGAGGUGGCUGCCAUGAGUCGCCCAGCCAGAACCAGCGGGGAAAUAGAACAGGGUGAGUAAGAGGAGGAAAGGGAUUUGGUGCGGUCGGAGCGCAAGGGGAAGAGGAAGUUUCCAAGAAAGCUGGGGUCAACCUGCCCAGCCAUCGGACCCUGGGGGGAUUUGUGAUUUUAUCCUAAACGCUGUGGGGAUCCUGAAAGGUCUGACGAGUGCAGAUUUACAUUUGCAAAGGUUUGCUGGGGCUCAAGUGUGGAGCUUGGCCGAGGGGAGGGGUCGGAGGAGGAGAUGACAGGGGACCAGUUAGGCUACUGCGCUCUGCAGGUGACAGCAGUGGCAGCGAGCCCGGAGUCCGGUUUGUCUGGGUGACCUGCAUCCAGCAGCACUUAGUGACCUGAUGUGUCCCCUGGUUGCAAGGGAAUCUACCAGUGUGACGCCCCUGCGGCAGAAGUAGCCAGUAAUGGACAGAUGGACAGACAGACACACAGAUACCCAGCCAGCCUCAUGGAAAGGAGCAGAGCCAUGAGGAAAACAUUAGCUGAAGAACUGGCAACAUUCUCCACUUCGGGAGAGCACAGGGAAACUUCCGGAAGAGGCUUCCAGGGCAACCAGAGCCUUCUUGCCCAGACGUGCCAGGAAAAUGUGGGCCUGGGAAAGGUGGUGUGGCUCCUGGGCUACCCAGCCCAGCCUUGUGAAGGGCAGCAGCCAGCCGGGCAUCACAGCGCGCCCCCGCGGCCCAGCACUGCCGUCCCCAUCUGGGCUAAGGAGGCCCCGACAUUCUCUGUCCUGGUCUCACUCUGCAGUUCAGGCUGGCCUCCAACUCACAGCAGUCCUCCUGCCUCAGCCUCCAGAAUGCUGGGAUUACAGGCCUGUGCCACAUCUUCCACCACCUUGAUCUCCUCUGACCUUUCUUUGAAAGCUGUGCUUGGCCCCUGUAUUACAAAUCCCAGAGAACAGAGACCCCUUUGCUCCUGGUAUCUCACCAUGGUUUCUCCUGCUGGAAUUGAAGGCCACCCAGUUCAAAAGGCAGUCAGUGGCCUGCGGUGAGGCUUCCUGGCCCAUCCUUUCAGAGGAGGCCUUCUCUGUCCCUUCCGGUAUGGUGCCUGCACUCCCACAGGGAGAGUUCAGUGGCUCCCUGAGGCACAGAGAGCAGAAGUAACUUGUUCAUGGAUACAUGGCCAGGAGAGGUCAGGGCUAACAGUCAGACCCCAGCCUGGGUCCAGAGCCCCGAGAGCCCUCAGUGUCUUUCCGUGCUGCCUCUAAUCCCAGGAGGCCCUAUCAGAGGUCACUGCAUCCAGGCCCUGCACUCAGGUCAAUCUCUGCUCCCAGACAAGAAUCAAUCUAGUUUUUGAAGUUACCAGCUCCAGAGAGGGGUCCCCCUGGGGAUAAUGACACAAACGUUUGUUUGUUUGUUUAUUUAUUUUUAGUUUUUAUUUUAUUUUUGAUACCUGAAAUUGAAUUUAGGACCCUGCACUUUCCAGGCAGACACCUGUGCCACUGGGUGGGAGGCCUCGUCCUCUCCCCCACCCACGCAAGAGCAGUCCAGAGAGAAGCCGGCUGGCCAUGGUGGCCCUGCUGCUCCAGGCUGUGUGGGCCUGCACUGGCGACCCCCUUUCCCCAGCCUCUAUGCACUGAGUGCAAAGCAAGGCUAAUUAUACACCUGCUCUGUGAGCCCCAAGAGGCUGAGAUGCUGCAAGGGGGUGAAGGUGGAAAGGGCUUUGUAAGCACAGUGCUGGGUCCGUCAUCAUCUUUUCUUUUCCUCAAGACAGGAACGCACUAUAUUUGUUACCCAGGCUGCCAGGCUGGUCUCAAACUCCUGGGCUUAAGAGAUUCUCCUGCUCCAGCCUCCUGAGUACUGUAGCUGAGACUACAGGCAUGUACCACAACCUGGCCAUGUUCAUUCAUUAAAGGCUUCUGCUUACCAGAUCUGCUUUUAGCUCUGUAAGGUGUUUGUUUAUUUAUUUAUCGGUUUGUUUGUUUUUGAGACAAAGUUUCCCUAUAUAGCCCAGGCUGGCCUCCAACUCUCAAAGAUAUUCCUACCUCAGCUUCCUAAAUUCUGGAAUUACAGAACAUCAUGUGUCAACAGACCCAGCCUUGCUUUAUAGUUUAGCCUUCGUAACACAGAGAGGGAAACUGAGGCCCAGAGUAGAGAAAGACUUGUACUAGGUCACAUAGCAAACUGGGACCAGGAAGCAGGUGUCAGGGCCCGGUGAUUUCCCGCUGGAUCCCCUGUCUCUCUUGCCCCCUGCCCACUUCAGAUCCUCCCCAGUGUGCCCAGCGGCUGGGCCUGGCACUGGGUCUUGCCUGGGCAAAACCAGGAGAGCAGCGAGUGGCGAUUGGUGGACGUGGCCAAGGCCCAGCACAGUCUCAGCGCGGCUCUUUGUCUGCUGCUUUGUGAUGGUUCUGGGCUCAGGAGAGAAUCCUCAGGGAUGCAGAGUUAGGUGGGAGGCAGCACCCUCACUCCGACCAGUGUUCCCUCAGAUAGGAAAGAAGAGGACCAGGGGUCCACGGAAGGGACAAACCUCUCUCAGCCCUGGGUCUGGUCUUCCUGGAACCGUGCUCGGAAACAGAGGUGGGACAGAGCCCAGGCUGGGCCCCUGGACUCCCAGCUGCCAUGAUGCACCCAGAACCAGGAACAGGGUGAGGACCCAUCCUGUGACCAGCACCCUGGGCUUCCUUGAUCACAAAGCAGGACAGGGGCCCAGAGCCCCCAACUCGGGCAACAUGAAUCUGGCAGCUGGGCCACUGGCCGGAAGCUGUGACGGAACCUGGCGGAGGCCUCGGGCCAGAACAGUGCAGGACUCGGGUGGAAGGUGUUGUCAGGCUGCUGUCACCUGGGGAGCACAGUCUUUGUCUGGUCCCACUCUCUGACCCUGGAAGGGGCUGAAGGGUCACCUUCCAAUCGCUGGGGAGUCUCUCCUUCGCAGCUCUGCCAACUCCAAAACCUUCCAGGGAUUUCUCCUCCCUGAGACGGGGCAAAGCCUGCAGUCAGGUGGUGCCUUGGGCUGGAUGUACCCAUGAGGACUUGAAGCUCAGGAAAGGUCACAGGCAAACACCCAGCCCACCUAGGACAUCUCCAGGACCGGAGGAGUCCUGGUGCCCGUGAUGCAGCGAGGACGCUGACGCGCCAGGACGUCAGGCGAGGAGCACCGCGGGACGGCGUCCCCAGGUGCGCCACGGACCACAACAUAGACAACACCACGGCAAUGCUGCGGGAGUGGCUGGCGGCCGUGGGCCACCACUAUGCAGCUGUGAUCUGGAGGCCCGAGGGGGAACCCAGGUCCUACCCUGAUGAGGAAGGCCCCAAGCACUGGACCAAAGAAAGGCACCAGUUUCUGAUGGAGUUGAAGCAGGAAGCCCUAACCUUUGCUAGGGCCUGGGGGGCUGACUACAUCCUGUUUGCAGACACCGACAACAUUCUAACCAACAACCAGACGCUGCGGUUUCUGACGGAGCAGGCGCUGCCGGUGGUGGCCCCCAUGCUAGACUCGCAGACCUACUACUCCAACUUCUGGUGUGGGAUCACCCCUCAGCCCAACGUUUCCUAUCUCCAGGGGUACUACCGCCGCACGACUGACUACUUCCCCACCAAGAACCGCCAGCGCCAGGGCUGCUUCCAGGUCCCCAUGGUCCACUCCACUUUCCUGGUAUCACUGAGGGCAGAGGGGGCAGACCAGCUCACCUUCUACCCCCCUCACCCCAACUACACAUGGCCCUUUGAUGACAUCAUUGUUUUCGCUUAUGCCUGUGAGGCUGCUGGGGUCUCUGCCUACAUAUGCAAUGAGCACCGGUUCGGGUACAUGAACGUGGCCGUGGGUCCCCGAGAGGGGCUGGAGGAGGAGAAGAUCAACUUCAUCCACCUGAUCCUGCAGGCGCUCGUGGAUGGGCCCCCCAUGCAGGUGUCUGCUCAUGUGUCUUGCCCCCCGAAGAGGCCCAGCAAGAUGGGGUUUGAUGAGGUCUUUGUCAUCAGCCUGGCCCGCAGGCCUGCCCGUCGCCAACGCAUGCUGAGCUCGCUCUGGGAGAUGGAGAUCUCAGGGCGCGUGGUGGAUGCUGUGGAUGGCUGGAUGCUCAACAGCAGUGUCCUCAGGAGCCUGGGCGUGGACCUGCUCCCUGGCUACCAGGACCCCUACUCGGGCCGCACGCUGACCAAGGGCGAGGUGGGCUGCUUCCUCAGCCACUACUCCAUCUGGGAAGAGAUGGCCGCCAGGGGCCUGGCCCAGGUACUGGUGCUUGAAGACGACGUCCGCUUUGAGAGGAACUUCCGGGGCCGGCUAGAGCAGCUGAUGGAGGAGGUGGCCACGCAGAAGCUGCAGUGGGACCUGAUCUACCUCGGCCGGAAGCAGGUGAGCCCCGAAGAAGAAGUGGCUGUGGAAGGACUGCCGGGCCUGGUGGUGGCUGGCUACUCCUACUGGACACUGGCCUAUACUCUAAGCCUGGCAGGUGCCCGCAAGCUGCUGGCCUCACAGCCCUUGCGCCGCAUGGUACCUGUGGACGAGUUCCUGCCCAUCAUGUUCGACCAGCACCCAAAUGAGCAGUAUAAGGAGCACUUCUGGCCACGGGACCUGAGAGCCUUCUCCACCCGGCCUCUCCUCGCCUCCCCCACCCACUAUGCAGGGGACACCGGGUGGCUCAGUGACACAGAAACAUCUUCUCCUUGGGACGAUGACAGCGGCCGCCUCAUUAGCUGGACUGGCUCCCAAAAGACCCUGCGUGACCCCCGCCUGGACCUGGGAAGCAGCGGGCAUGGCCUCCAUCCCCACCCCCGGGACGAGCUCUAGCCGUCUGCUGCCUCAAGUCCCCUUGCUUGGUGUCUGGGCAUCCUGCCCUUCAGGGUCUUUGACCUGCCAAGCUGAAUGGUGGCUCUAGAGGAGCGUCCAGGAGCGGAAGUGGGGACUGACUGCUGGCAGGAGCCAGAGAGCAAGCAGAGGACCUCCUGGCACCUUAGGCUCGGCCCCAUCAUAGGUCAGGAGAGACCACUCAGAGACACACCCCGGUCACUUCUGAAGGUCACAGGGCCAAAAGGCAUCUCAGAGCCCAGGCGGCUCAGAGCCCAGGACAGAGUACAGGAGGUAGCUCCUCAGCCUUUGUGCUAGCCGGACAAAUGCCAGGUCCUGUCCCCCUGAGGACAGAGUGGCUGUGUCUCUGCCCACCUCUACCUCUACCUUGCCCCUCUUUGACUCCGAGCUGGGUCUGGCCUGGACCUCUUCCCCCGCUAGUGGGCAGUGCCGGGGGAUGGGUAUACCUAGCAGGCUGAGAGUGGCACAGGAGGCCCUCAAUAAAGCCUGCUGCAUUUGCACUUUAUACUCCUGA